AUGGCGAAGCAGAGCCCCGCGGAGCCCGAGGCGCCGGGGCCGAGCGCCGCGGCCGGCAGGAAGGGCAGGAGGAGGAGGAGGAAGGUCUGGCGUGGCCGCGGGGAAGCGGCGACGGGGGCCGCGGCGAAAAGCCCCGACAUGGCGGCGGCAGCUCCCCCCCGCAGCCCCCGGGAGUUCUCCUCCAACUGGAAGGCGCUGCAGGAGCUACUGAAACAAAAGGCAAAUAGCUCCAACGUGUCCCUCUCUACGUGUCAAUCACACACCAAAAAGAAGCAUCCACUCGAAGCGGGAAACAGCCAAAAAGUCCCAGCUAUCAAUGGGAACGGGAAUGUGGUAAAGGCCAAAUCCACAAAUAAAAUGGACAGUGGUGUUACUAAAGGCAAUCCUCCUCUGGCUAAGCCAAAAUCCAAGAGGGUUGCAACAGACAAGAAUUUAAAUGACAGCAAAAGCGAUGGAAAAGGCUACAAAGAAAAAAAGAAAAAUGGCAAUAUUUUGAAGAAGAAAGGUGACAUAAAGCAUAAGAGGAGGAAAGCUGAAGAACACGUGGAGCAGCAACCCAAAGAGGCUGAAAUCUGGUUUGAUGAUGUUGAUCCAAAAGAUAUUGAAGCAGCGAUAGGACCUGAAGCAGCAAAAAUUGCUAGAAGAAACCUGGGACUUGAAACAGGCCAAUCCAAACUAUCUGUGGAGCAGGUGCUGGUUAAAGAAAAGGCUUCUGAAGGGCUGACACGAGCUGUAGCCAUGGACUGUGAGAUGGUGGGAGUGGGACCCAAGGGUGAAGACAGCAUUGUGGCUCGUGUGUCCAUCGUGAACCAAUUUGGAAAGUGCAUUUAUGACAAAUACGUCAAGCCUACAGAAGAGGUGACUGAUUACAGAACAACUGUUAGUGGCAUACGCCCUGAGAAUAUAAAUACAGGUGAAGAUUUUAAAACAGUUCAGAAGGAGGUCGCUGACAUCUUGAAUGGAAGGAUUUUAGUUGGACAUGCUUUACGCAAUGAUCUAAAGGUCCUAUUUCUUGAUCAUCCUAAGAAAAAAAUACGCGACACACAAAGAUACAAGCCUUUCAGACAGAGAGUCAAGAAUGCACGGCCAUCACUGAAACUGCUCUGUGAGAGACUGCUAAAUGUUCAAGUGCAGACAUCAGAGCACUGCUCGAUUCAGGAUGCACAAGCAGCUAUGAGACUGUACACCUUAGAGAAAAAGAAAUGGGAAGCUGCUGUUAAGAACAAAUCUAUCAAGAAAAAUUGUAAAACUUGAAUGAUUCUACACUGUGUUUUUA